GCAGCAGUAGAGCUCGUCGACACAACCUCCCUCCUCAUCACCACUCCUCCCCUCUCUUUCACCCGCCGCAAAAUGUCCCUCCUCCGCCUCUCCGCCCAGCGCGUCGCCGCCCCCGUCUUCGCCCGCUCGUUCUCGGCCUCGGCCGCCCGUGGUGACCUCGUCAAGGACCUCUACGUCCAGCAGCUCAAGGCCUACAAGGCUCCUCCUCCUUCCGCCGACGCCAAGUCCGCCGUCCGCUCGUACUCGGCCCCCGCGGUCCCCAAGGCCCCCGUCCUCCCCACCGACCUCGCCGCCGAGCUCUCCAAGUUCGACGCCACUGAGCCCACCCUCGGCAACAACGCCACCGCUGCCGCCACCCCCGCUGACGCCGAGUCGGGCGAGACUGCCGCCGACUACCUCAAGUUCCUUGAGGCCGACCUCCCCAAGCCCGACCACCACUAAAAUGCUUGCGCAAGCAAAUACUGGCGCAGGGGUAGUCUAGCCGAUAAAUGCAUCUCGUGAAAGAGCGC